AUGCCUCCUUGUCAACAAGGGCAGAAGUCUCAAGUUACCACUGUACCUACUCAUGCUGCUGUAACUUCUACUGCUGCUGCUCCAAUUGAUGCUACCUCCAUCAUUACCCCCAUUGCUGCCACUAUUGUGCCCAUUGCUGCCACUGUUGUGCCCAUUGCUGCUACUGUUGUGCCCAUUGCUGCCACUGUUGCAUUGAAUGCAACUAUGCUUCAACACCCCCAAAGGCAAUGGCAACUGCCUCUGAGGUUCCACAAUAAUAGCCCAGUUCGUACUGGCACUAGUUGCACACCAGAUGAUGGAGAAUACAUUGACAUUGGCAAUGUCUCUGGGGAUGAAGAAGAUAACUUGCCUGCACCCAGCAUUAGGGCUCCUUCAGUUCCCAGCCCUCUGCAGACAGUUACUAGUACCAUCUACUUCACCCAAGUCGAUCUCUUGGCUACAGGGAAGAUUCAGCUACUAAACACAAGAUUUGCCGAAUCUGGAGUUGCAGAAGGUGGACAGUUCACACCAGGUUAUGUCGUAUAA